UGAAAGGCUUUGGUUCUUGGUUCUUGUUCUUGUUCUUGUUUUUUUCAGUGAGGUGGUCGUACUGUGGUUUUAGUUGAGCUGUAUCCGUGGUGUUUUCCCUGCUCCACGGUGCUCCGCUCAGUCGUUCCGCUCGGCCCCGGGGUUCCACCACCUGUACCAACAAUAUGACUGAGAAUAGGCUACAAUAAAAUGGUGACAAACGUCUUCUUCUGACAGUGUUAUUGUGUGGAGGAAGGUCCAGAAAAGACCCCUCCGUGUCCAUAUUAACUCAUGUAAUCCAUUAUUGAAUCAAGUCUAAAAAUCAAAUAAUAAUCAGAACGUUCUUCGAAAUAAAACAACGAACACGUAGUUGUGAUCGUUCGUUGUGAACUGAUCAUUUUUGCUUGUUUGUAGUUUUAUUUUGAAAAACGGGUUAAGCCUUUUCCUGUUCCGCUGUAACUUUUUGUCGCUAACUUUACAGCCUUCGCUAACAGUUGUCCUGGUUGCUAGACGACUCGUAUCUCCAACACUGACGUGAAAACACUAACGCUGCUCGGAAACAGGACGACGACGACGACGCACAGAUUAGCGGAGUAGAAGUUGUUCCUGUCGGCGUCUGUCACACGAAACACCGGCUCUAACUCCAGGAAACCCGCAGUGUCGCCGACUAACGUGUGGAGUUGUAGCAUUUAGCUCCGUUUUUACUACUGACAGCAGCGACAGGACGUGAAGUGAGCAGCCGGUUCUGAUUUGGAGAAGAACCGUGAACAUGUUCACGAAGGGAAAGUUCAGGUCAAGUCUCCCGACGUAACGGGCGUGUGUUUUCUUCCGUGUUCACUUCUGUUGAAAAAAUGUCUCUGGAGGCGAGUGAUGUCCAAACGGACGAAGACUGUGAGGAGCUGGUGGAGGACGGCUCUUCUUUCUCAGUGGAUAGUUCAGAAAAGAGAACAAGGAGAAAAAGAUCUUCUGGAAAACCUCCACAUUCUGCACGGUCUCCGUACCUCUCCAGCCUCAACACCAUUUCCAGGAGGGCAGCAGUGGCAGCCUGGAGACCGUCCGGGGCGUCUCCUGGGGACACGAGGCGUGAACGCCCCGGGGAAAGUGACUCGGCUCAUCUGUCGUCCCUCAGCAACGGCCACGACCUGUCCCACACGCUAAGGUCGGUGUGUGAGGUCACUCCAGAGCUUCUCAGGCAGACGCUGGGCGUGAGGAAACACAAACAUCUCCACCCUGCAGCCAAUGGCUUCACCAUGACCUCAGGUGACUACAGAGACAAGGAAGACAUGUAUGAUGAGAUCAUUCGCCUCAAGAAGAAUCUGCAGACUCAGAAAUCUGACAAUCAGCAGAUGAAGGUGAAACUGCGCCGCCUAGAGGAGGAUAAUGCUAAAAGAGAGAAGCAAAUAGAAGAAUUGUUGGAUCCCACUAAGGCUCCGGAGUUCACUCGCAGUCUGGUGGACAAGAGGAAGGAAGGCAGCGUGAUCCUCAACGGCCUGAAGCAGAGAAUCCUAAAGUUGGAACAGCAGUGUAGAGAGAAGGAAAACGCCCUGAGUAAACUCCAAGGUGAGCUGAGGAGCACCAACCUGGAGGAGCUGAAGGUCACGGUGGAAACCUACUCCCAGGAGAUCAAAGGUCUGAGGGCGCUCCUGGAGGCUGCGGAGAAAAGCGGUCGAGCCGAGAGCAAAUGUUCUCAGAGGCAGCAGAAGGUUCUGAGCUCCACGGUGCGCCGUCUGUCAGAGAACCUGAGGGAAGUUCAACAGGAGAACGCUGACCUGAGAGAGGAACUGGACACAGACGGCCCUGCUGGAGGGCUCAAAGGUUACAGGGAGUGGAGCAAACAGAGACUGCUGCGGAGAUUGUUGGAGGUGGAGAAGAGGCGGGGAGGCAGUAAAAGACACGCCCAGUCAGAGAGGAGUCCCAGCCAAUUGGAUGUAGGGGUCCAGGCCACGCCCACUGAUUGUCCAGGCUUCACCAUAGCAACAGAGGCGGAGGUCUCAGUGGGAGCGACGGCUGAAGGAGAGAAGGACGCAGUCGCCAAGCUGAGACAGCGCCUCAGCCAAUUAGAGAAGGAGAGGGCGGAGCUACAGCAGACUCUGACAAGUAAAGAUGAUGAACUGAGACAACUGAGGACAGAAAGAGACAGACUGGAGGAGGAGACAGUGAGGAGGAAAGGAGAGGAAACAAGGAGACGUGAAAAAGAGAGACAGCAGCAAAAGUUCCACAGACGAGAGCUGGAGAAGUUGUGGGAGAGGAUUAGAACUCUGGAGGCCGACCGUGUCACAUCUGACCAAUCACUGUGCUCCACAACAGCAGUGGACCGCGACCACGGUUUAAGCAAAUCAGGUCUGAAGGAUGGAGGGAAGGAAUGCAGAAGUGACGAAGAGAAGAAGAGACGCGAUAAAAGGCCCCGUAGAGAAAAAGAAAAGGCAGCCAGAACCAUCCAGAGGAAGUGGAAGGAACACAGAGAGAAGGACGCUGUGAUGCUGCAGUCGGUGAUGAGAGGCCAUCUCCUCAGAGCAUCACAGCUGAAGGACCUGCUGAAGGACUCUGAGAGAAAGACAUCAGCAUCAGCAGCAGCAGCAGCAGCUCCACCUGCAUGUGAUGACGGUGACGUUGCUGCUGUGGUUACGAUACAGUCUGCACUCAGGGGACACCUGUCUCGCUGUCAGCCGACACAGGACGGCCCCAGGCUCUGUGUGCCGUCACCAGUGGAGAACCGUUUCAACAGGAAGCCACAGAGAGGAUGUCACGCAGCUCCCAGCUCCACAGGAGCUGCAUCUCCGUGUGAAGAGGAGAGAAAACCCGGGGACACAGUUGAGCCGUGGCCUGUCCCCGUGUCCAGGGCCUCCGGGACCACACAGGCAGCAGUCCUUUGUCCCCAGCAGACCAGACGGAGGUCCGUGACCAGGCCGAGUCUGGAGGAUCCACGGCAGGCGACUCUGACGACUCCGAUGACAUCAUCGUGUCGCCGUCUCGACCUCUGAGAAGCAGAGAAGUGCUGCUCUCGUAGGUUGUUUGACGGUGACGUUCGUCUCCAGGUUCUUCCUCAUCUAGGAACGACAGCUGGGUUGAUGUUCCACUGUCACAGCCCCCCAACCCCCCCAAUCCCCCCUCACCCAUGUCUGACUGGGUUUCGUCUCCAUUCAUCGAACUCAGAGAAAGUUCAAACUGAACCAUGAACAGGUCAGGGUUGGUUGUGGUGCGCCACCUAGUUGUGGGUCACAAAAUCAACCUACAUCAUGGAGAUCAGUGAUUGUUGGUCUGAUUCCGACUGGAGUUCAAGAAAGAAAACUAGUGACUAACUCAUCCUUUUCUCCCCCUGCUGGACACACUCAGACUGCACGUCCCUCAUGGUUUCAUCACUGCUGCUCAGAUGGUCAGGAGUUCAAGUCCCGUUGAAUAAAAAACAAAUGCUGCACUGAUUUGGAAGAACGUCAGUCAAAACCCUGACCCUGACCCGACCCUUGACCCUGACCCUGACCCUGUGAGACUCACCUGUCUACUAUGACUAGUAACUGAUGUGGACUUCAACUGUGAACCAAUCAAUGAUCUGCUGCAACAAACACAACACAGUCUCUUCAGUGGAAGGAGAAUGGGUCAGUGUGUGGGGGGGGGUCAGGUGAGGGGGGGGUCAGGUGAGGGGUAACAGUGAGUUUGUUCAUGAGGGCGUUUUCAAAGGUGUUAACUCCAGAUGAAGAUCUCACUCCUCGUUUCCAAAGACAAAGACAUUUGUCCAAAGACGGUGUCUUGUUGUCUGUCGUUCUCUCCUCAGGAUGGGGGGGUCGGGGGGGGGGGGGUCGUAGGCCAAACAUGACAUUCCGUUGUGACGUUCUGGUCUUGGUCGUUUGUCGUUGACCGCUGGUCUUUUCUAAAACCCUUUUUUAACGUUUUAGUCACGAACGUCACUGUUGUGGUUGUUCACGUUGUAUUUUGACUGUUGUGUGGUGGUUGUUUAUAUCACCGUCACUGACUGUUCUUCUGCAAAUUUGUGUUUCCUGUUAUUUUGUUGACUUAAGAAUAAGACGACCCCCCGCCCCCCCA